AUGGAUUCCCCAAUUAAAACUGCUUAUCAAAGUGUCAAAGAAUGCAAAUCCGAUGUCUUAUAUUUAAAGAUGAUUUAUCCCAACAAUAGAUUUGCCUUAAAACUAUAUGCAAGAUAUUUACUUGAAAUCAAAUCAGAUGUUGUUCAAUACAGGAAAACAUUAGAUAGUAUAGCUCUUUUACAACGAGGUCUUAAAAUUAACAACGAUACAGUUCAUGAUUUGGGAAUGGAAUCUUUUCCAUUGAUACCUGAAAGAUUGAGCGAUUCUGAAUUGAACAUUAAAACAGGAGAAAACGAAUCAGGGGUAUUAGACGAAAUUGAAGUUGAAGAAAUUAAAGAUGAAGAUUAUGAAUCUAUUGUCAAACUUAUUGAUGUUCAUAAGGUUCCAGCUAUUCAAUAUUUGUAUACAACUACAAUAAUAGCUUUCAUAUUCUUACUAUUAAUACCAAUUAUUGGAAUUUGCGUUAGUUUUGGUUAUUUCAAACAGAGUUUAACAGAUCCAAUAACAUACAUGGAAGGUGUAGCAUAUACAAGAAACAUUGUUAAUGUUAUUUCAUGUUUUGCUGUUCGUUGCUUAUUUGAAGAACUCAAAGAUCCAAAUAAUCCAACACAAAACAUUAUUGGUCCUCUAACAAUGGUUCCAGGAUUUCCAGCAGAAGCUUUUGGUGGAGAAUAUGUUGGAAGAAAAAUUAUUGAAUUUUAUGCCAAAAAUAUUGGAACGAUGAACUCAAUGAUUUCAGGAUUAAGAUCAUUUAAACCAGGAAACAAGCACAUCGAAAAAGUAAGAGACUUGUUGUUUGCCAGGAAUAUUAUUUAUCACUUUUUCAUUACUAAAGAAAAUGUCAGGAAUAUCCCGUCAUCUGCUGUUGAUAUUUCUUACCAAUUGGCCUCAACUGUUGGAAGACUUUUGGAUCAUGAUGUACUUAAUGUUGAUGUUGCCAAGAGUUCAGAUUCUCUAACAGUCCGAAACAACAAUGUAUUAAUCACUGAAGCCGCAAGUAAAGCAUUGACUUCAAUUGUCCAAUAUAUCGGAGAUAACCAUGAAAAAUAUAACAAGAUAUUCUGGGGAUUAUUUGCCUUCUUUUCAGGCAUGAAUUUUAUAUUCAUUGUUCUCAUCUUUACAUUUCAAAAGAAGAAAUUAGAAAAGAACAAAAAUGCAAUUAUAACAGCAAUUUCAGAACUUCCAAAGACAGUCAUUUCAAACGUUUCUGCAGCAUUUAGUAAUCUCAAAGGCAAUCAGUCAACAAGUCAAAAAGCAAGUAAUGGUCAUGAAUCAGAAACAAACAGACAAGAAGAAUCAAUUAUUAAAUUAUUCUCUUCAAUAUCAGAUGGUGUUAACUCAUCAUCUUCAUAUUUCGUUCUUUUCUGUUAUGUUAUGAUCAUUGCUUUGUCAAUAUUAUGUUUCUGGUUUGCUGUUCAAUGCUUCUUCAGUGCUUCAGAUGUUGUUUUCUACAAUUGCCAUCAUAUCAAUUACUUCUACGGUUCCAUCACUUUCUUAUUCGCAUUGGCAUCAAGACUUUAUGAUAUUUGCCUUGCAACAUAUCAUACUAACUUCAAAGAUACAAUUUUAGAUGUCAAUCAAUCUAUUAAUGAAAUGGAAUCAUAUAUUCCUUUAAAAUUAACAUACUUCCAUUCGAUUCGUCUUGGUGGAAGAGGUAAACGCGAAGUUCCAUUUGAAGGAAUGGCAGAAGCACUUGACCGAGCUACAUCAAUUAUCAAAUGCGACGAUCCAAUUAAGCCUCCAGUUGAAGUUCCUGAAUCUACAAGAUGUUUUUCUGCAUCAAAUACUUUAUAUAUUGCAGUUUGUUAUUUCAAACGAUUUGUCAAAUUAAUGAAACAAGGUGUAUUUCCACUUCCAUGGGGAUAUCAUGUUAAUGAUGUUUUCCAAGUUGGUCCAUUAGAAUUACAUGAAGCUUUCUUCUCAAAGACAGGAGGAGAAUUAGUUCCUUAUAUGAUAAAAUCAAUCAGAAAACAAGAAACAAACUUAAUCAGGAAUUCAAUACUAUUUGUUCUUGGUGCAUUCAUCUUCCUCAUUUGCAUCUUAUUUACAAUCAACAAAGAAAACACAUUGAUUAAAUUUACAAUUGAUCAAUUGCUAAGAGUUCCUCCAUCAGAGAUAUUGCGAAAUCAACAUAUUAUGCGACUUCUUACUGGAGAUUAUUCUGAAGAAGCAGAAGAAGAUUUCAGUGGCAAAUAUAUCCAAUUUGCAAACGAAGUUAUCAAUAGAUUAAAUGAUAUUUUCAUUGUUUGCCAAGAAGAAACAGGAAAGGUUGUUCAAGUCAAUGCUUCUUUCACUAAUAUGUUCGGCAUCACAAAUGAAGAGAUGGAAAAUACAAAUAUCAAAGAUUUCUUCAUCGAAUCUAGAUUCCAAUCUGAUGGAAAACUUGAUAGAGUAUACACCAGAACAAUGAAUGCUGUAUAUACUAACGCAAAUAAUGAAAAAUUCUUUAUCGAAUUCUCAUCAACAAACGUAAAUGGAAGAAGGAUUUUCACAGGUAAAGAUCAAACACAAAAUGUUAUGCAUGAGAAAUUGAUACAAGAUGAGAAAGAUAAGAGCAAUAAAAUGCUUGCGUCAAUUCUUCCUGCUAGUUUAGUUUCUCGCGUUCAAGCUGGCGAGAAAGACAUCUCUUUCUCUGUUCAAUCUUCUUCUGUUUUGUUCUUAGAUAUCGUGGAAUUCACUCCUUGGUGUGGCUCACAUGAUGCUCAUUAUGUUAUGAGAAUGCUUAACAUUUUGUUCAAAGAAUUCGAUGCAAUUUGCAAUGCACAUAAGACAAUGACAAAGAUCAAAUGCAUUGGAGAUUGUUACAUGGCUGCCGGAGGUAUCUUUGAUGAAGUAAAUCAGCCAGCUGUUCAUGCAAAAGAAGUUGUUGACUUUGGAUGCGUUGUCAUCAAGAAACUUGAAGAAGUAAAUAUGAGCGAGAACGAAAAACUGAGAAUAAGAGUCGGUGUAAAUACAGGAGGUCCGAUCGUUGCUGGUGUCAUCGGAACAGAGAAACCAACAUUCGAAAUAUUAGGACCUACGAUCAAUAUCGCACACGAAAUGGAACAUCACGGUGUUCCAAUGAAAGUACAUAUCUCUAGACCUGUUUAUGAACUCAUCUAUGGCCAAACUUUUGACAUCAAAGAAAGAGGUGAAAUAGAUGUCAAAGGAGGAAAGAUGUUUACAUAUCUAGUCGAUCCAUAA